CCCGCUGCCGCCCGCCAUGUCGGAGGAGAAGCCCCCGUUUUCCGUCCAGGAAGGUGCGAAAACGGAGAACGAGCACAUCGAACUGAAAGUUGCCGGGCAGGACGGCUCCGUGGUGCAGUUCAGAAUCAAGCGGCACACUCCGCUGAGCAAGCUCAUGCAGGCGUACUGCUUCCGACAGGGCUUGUCAAUGAGGUACAUUAUGUUCCUGUUUGAUGGAAAGCCCAUUAAAGAAGCAGACACACCUGCACAGCUGGAGAUGGAACACAACGACACGAUCGAAGUGUACCAGCAGCAGACAGGAGGAGGAUGCUAAGACACAGCAUCUUUUGGAGAACAGUUUGAGGAUCCUCAUCACUCCCUGCUCUCUCAUCUCUCCUUGGAUUUGCUGUUUUAUUAGGGAACAGAUGAACAUGCCAAUCACACAGGGUUCUUUGAAACUUCUCAGGAUAUUUACCAAAGUUGCUUGUUGUCUUUGACGUUCUGUGUGCACAAGUCAAAAUAGUAUCUGCAGGGAUUGAGCUGUGUCUGAAUUUCACCAUUUAAAAUUCAGAUUAAGUAAUAUGUGUUGUCUCUCUGUUGUUAGCCUUUUUUAAAAAAAUACUGUUUGUAUUAUCUCUUUUUUUUCUCUCUUUAAACUUGUGGCCUAAGCAUUCAUCCAUGUGUUGGGACACUGAGUGUUCUUUCCUGUCUCUGGUUGGUUUUAUCCCUGUUUUAAUUCAAACUAUAUAAAUAGUUCAAUGUAUUUUCAUGCUAAGUGUGAGUGUAAAAGUUUCCUUGUAAGAUGUGCGUGAGAGAAGGGACACAGAUACAGGUUUAAAGUUUUUAGCUCAUGUUACAAAUUCAUUCAAUCCCUUGGGCAGCAUCCUGCCCUUGACUGGGGCUAGAACACAAUACAAUGCUUAGGAUAGGGUUUAAAUACUUCAGGUUUACAUGUGGUUUUUCAUAUUAUGAUAAAGUAGGCCAAAAUAUACUUUUUUAAUGCAGAAAUGGUUUUUUUUUUUGUCCUGCACUAUUGCAGAGCUGGAGGUAGCAGCAGGGCAGCUGGUCCAAAAACUUAAUGCUUGUGAUAGAGUAGCUGUGAUUUUUUGUUGUGCAAGGUGAUAAAAAUCCCAUCACUGAAAUUGCAGCUGUUUGCUGAGGGCUGGGCAGCAUCGCUCCCUUUGCCCAGCUCCCUUAACUUUGAGUCUCUGUGGGCACUGGAAGUCCGUGGCCUCAGAUUUCUUUUUAAUACCUCUUUUUUUUGUAUAUAAACUUUGUAAAUGAGAGGGGGAAAUACCUUUUAAUGUCACCAAACUGUGCAGAAGAGCUAGUAAGCGAGGAGAGACAUUUAAGUGUCGUGAAAUAAAUUGCUGUCCGGCCCCUCCA